GAUUCAAAAAGACACUGCAAGAGAUGGAAAAGGGAAUUUCCCCCUUGCCUUCAGUUACAUCUUUCCUCUCGUCCCCUCUCUCACAUUUCAGUUACCAGCCCAGACUGCAUAAAAGCGUCAGUCUGACUGAUUCCCCUACUGGAGAGAAAAUGAAGAGACACCCUUUUGUAGAAUCCAUGUCUAAGUCCUUGCUCCUGGAGGAAAACAACUUUUCUUCAAAAGAGGCAGAGAAAGCCAAGCACCCUAAGGGAUCAAGAUGGGAGGCAGAGGAAAGCCUGAGGGCUCUGCCCUCUCACUUAUCGGGGAAUAAGCUCUGCUUCUCUGUGCCCAAUGUCUCUGAGCUCCACCUCUGUGGGUGCAGUUUGAGGACCAAGGCAGUGCUACAUCCCCGGCCCCCUCCAGUUCGACACCCAGCCUCUCAGGUGCUCCCUAACUUUUCAGCCGGGAGGAAGCAGCAGUCUCCUCCGGGGAUUAUCUUCAGGGCUCAACUCUCCCAGAGUUCUCCAGAGCCCAAGGCCAAGGCCAAGGCCAAGGCCCAGGGGCCACCUUGGGGUGGGUCAAGAAUUUCUUGCAAUGCCACACCACCACGAAAGCUGAUACCCAUGGGCGUGUGGCCCCAGGGAUUUCUUGACCCACUCACCAAGUCCUUGCUAGGGGAGUCACUGCACACUAUACCCCAUUGGAAGGGAGCCAUAUCUCCAUCCAGGAAGCCAUAUCCUUAAUGAUAUUACUUGUGAUGGGUGACAAAUCCCAGGCCUCUCUACCAUUCUUGUUUAAAUAAAAAUAUAUUCAGUCAA